AUGAUUCUGGACACAUCGCGCAAUUUUUUUCAAUAUCGAACCCUGCUGACUGCAAACGAUGCGGCUGCACCGAUGCUUCCCUAUCUUCCGUUGGUGCUGAAAGAUCUCACGUUCAUUCACUUGGGCAACCCGUCGCGUACAGCUGAUGGGCUGAUCAAUUUUGUGAAGUUGCGUAUGCUGGCCAAAGAGAUUCGUGCUAUUUGUCGUAUGUGUAAUGUGGAUUACGAUCUGGCAGCCGCACAACGUUUACUUCGUCGAAACACCAUCAGCCGUGCCGCUCGAGGUUGGACCGGGGCGGGCAAAUCCCUGGUAAGCAGCACAUCUCUCGGUGGAACGACAUCCGGCCCAAACUCAACGACUGCUCCGCCGUCCGCUCAAGCUCAGCUACCUGUCAGAGGAGUGGCAGGCGUAACCAGCGGUUGGGAUGCGAUUGCUGCAGCGCAUACCGCCAAUUCGGACUCAACCGGGACUGGUGGUACUGGGGACGAGUCCUCUGUUCCGACUCGGGGGCAGACAAAUGUGAAAUCACCAUCCAAGUCGUCUACUCCAGCCUCGCCGGGUACGGCCGCCACAUCCACGGCACCAUCCACACCGACAACACCAUCUGUCGGACCAGUCGCAGCAAGCACCUCUGUUCCCAGUCCCACAUCGACCAAAGUUAGCACUUCUUCACCAAGCGGUCGACCGAGCAAUACAUCUGCAACGACCGCGUCCGCUCAGGCCCUAGUUCGGCCAAUUCUUGGAGCGCAAUCGGUCGAGGAUGCUCGGAAGCUGUUGGCUCUCAGUGAAUACCAGAAACGUCAACGCCAUCACCGGUUGCCCGCAUUCACUUUUCCCACACAUCGUCCAACUCAGUUUGUUUUUGUAGCUCCUCCACCUACUGGGCAGACUAGCCACACAGGUGUUGGUCUAGGACAGUUACAGUACGGACAUGCGACUGCCCAUGUAUCUCAGUCAAGCACCGGACAGUCUCAUGUGUCAAACGUGAACUGGUCUAGUAGUCCACCGUAUGCUGCUCCUUGUCCCGUCACGUGUCCCGCACAUUCUACACCAUCUCAAGCAGUCGGUCGACCGGUUCAACCAACCUGCUAUACUUUGGUGGGUAGUAAAACACUCCUGCUGGACAAUCUGAUCCCGAUGCCUCAACGCAUCGGUCCCAGUGGCCCAAUGCGAUCUGCUUCAGGUACUCCGGUUCAAUUCGCCAAUCAGCAACAAUCACAACGUCAAGCGACACAUUACGCUGUUCCGUCCGCUCAUCCGUAUUCGCACACACACUCCUUUGUACACCAGCAACAACAACAAUUACAACAACGUGGUCCAUCUGGUCGUUCACAGCAUGGUCUCAACACUCAGGCACAACAACAACAACAACAACAACAACAACAACAACAACACUAUGCACAACAUCAUCCGCACCACCACCAUUCGUCAGUCGGCUCGACUACAAAUCCCUCUGUAAGUGUACCUCCCGUUUCUCUCUCUCGUACACACACGCACUCCCCGAUUCAUAACAUAGUCGGUAUUAUUUUUGUUUAUCUUGUUCAAGUGCACCAGAAUAGAAUUUGUUUGUACCGUGACAGUCGAGUACCUCAAGUUGCCUUCUCCCCGUCACCGUCAUCAAUUAGGAAUAUAUAUACUUAA